AUCCCUAUCAUCAACGGCCGACGGCCUGAAACGUACGAUUUCAGAACAAAGGCCGUCAAGUUCAUGAUAUUGGGGCAAAAAUAUCGACUUCGUGCGCGCCGUGAUUUUCAUAUAAAACGCUCCCCGCGCUUCCGUUAUGGUAGCGGCAGUUCUUCUUCCCCUCCCGCACUCUGCAGAGUGACUUUUAUUUUCCACGUCUUGCCUUCUUUUUCGUGUCGUCUAUUAUUCCCUGCGAUCGUGCUUCGCAGCACAGAGAAGGAAUUUUCGGGAUCGGAAACCCUAGGGAACUGACGGAGUCUGCAGAUCUCUCGAGGCAGUAGCACAAAAAGGUAGAUCUAUGGAUGGAGAAAAUGGGCCGUCAGUCUUGUAAGUAUUGCUUAGAUCAUAUAGAGGCACAUCUCCGCUGUUUGUUCUAGAAGCAAUGGAGAAUGAAAGUAAGAAGAAGAAGAACAAGAAAAAGAAAAACAAGCAAGCUAAAAACACAGAAGACACUACCCACAUUGGGGGAACAGCACAAUUGGAGCAGAAUUGUCUAGCCGCUUCUGAGCAGAAUGUUCAUCUACAAAUCUCAAAUGGUGGAGAGAUAGACAAUUCAGGGCACUCAGAAUCAGAUGCAAAGCCUGAUCAGCAUGAACAUGAUACAAAAAUGCAGGAACAUACACUUGCCAUGCUUGAAGGUGAACUUGCACGUCUUGAAUCAGAAAAAAAUUCUUGGCUGGAGAAGAAGGCCAUGCUUGAGGUUGAGCUUGCACGUCUUGAAUCUGAAAAGAAGUGUUGGCUAGAGAAGGAGGCCUGCCUUGAAGAACAUAUCGGAAUAUUAGAAGAUGAGAAGAAAGCCUGGACUUUGGAGGAGUCAUCAAUUAAGGAAAUGGUUGCAAGACUAAGCGAAGCUAAUACCAUAUUCCAGACAGAGGUGAAGGAGUUGAAUUCAACCAAGGAUCAGCUCCUACAAGAGCGUCUGGAACUGGUUUCUAGGAUCAAUGACUUGGAAUUGCAUAUACAGCAGCUCAGUAAACUUACCUUUCAUGCUGAAUCUCAGAUAUUACCUCAAGAUGAUGAUCAGAGUGUUCAUAGAGGAGGAAGUAAUGCACUUGUAGAGAAACUGAUGACUCAAAAUGUAAAGCUUAUGGGAGAGGUCAAUGAACUGCAUAUACGGAUUGAUCAACUUAAAAGCGCAUCAAUGGCAGUGAAUAUAGCUGAAUUUCCCACCAGCUCAGUGAUUCCCACACAACUACCUGGUGAGACAAGUGCUCUGAAAUCAUCACAACAGAUUGAAGUUCCCACUGUUACAUCUUUUGAUGCAAGCGCUUCCAUGACUCCUACCUUCAGGGGUUCUGCUCCCAUCCAUAUUGAUACUUAUCCAGUUCAAAUUGCUUCAUUCCCAGCUACAAUUCCCACCCACAUGCACCCACCACAAUCCAGUGAAAAGGCUGGCAGUCCACGUCCCAUGAACAGCCAUCUGCCUAACCAUGUAGAGCAAGGGAGUGAGAAUAAUGUUAUUCCUAGCGAAGGUAUCAGUUCCCGGAUUCAGUUCGAUGAAGUCCCCGUCACUUAUGACAACAUAGAGAUAGUCGAGGAAGCAGAAGCUGAAAGCAAAGCAAGUGAAGAAAAACCGAGUACAGAGUUGGUUGUUGAAGAGGGGGAGGUCCCACUGUCUGAUGCACCCCUGAUUGGAGCACCAUUCCGGUUUCUGGGUUUUGUGGCCAGAUACGUAAGUGGUGCUGAUCUGGUGAAACCUAAAAAUUCCGGAUGAUUGCGGUUUGUUGUAUGGCUUUUGGUUAAUCUAUUUUUUUAGGGGAGGGAAACGUCGGUGUUUUCUUUUUCAAUAAGUUGAAUUUUUACCAAAUAGAUUAUAGUUUUCACCUUUCUGGGUUUUAAAAAUUCAUGGCUUGUAUCGUUGGAUUUUCACUACGACCAAUGGAUAUGGAACGAAAGUCCUAUAUUUGCAUACAGCCAUAUAAAGGAGGCAAGAAGUUAUGCAAUAGAUAUUUUAACUAUGUUGUGGAUGCCAAAUAUAAAUCAACAGAUUUGAGAAGGGUUA